UGUACUAUAGAGACACUUCUAUAUAUAUCAGAUCUUGGAGCAACGUGUCUGUGUUUGACAAGGAUAUAUAUAUAUAUAUAUCAUACACACUUUCUCUUUAUAGACAUGGUUGAUAACCUAGGCAACAAUUCAUCAGACAAACACGUCCAGAUCAACUACAACUUUGGAGGAGCAACCACCUCCUCAGGUGGCUCAGCUGAUCAUGAUUAUCGCUAUGAACCAUCAUCACUACUCAUCAAGGAACAAGACAGGUUGCUUCCAAUCGCCAACGUUGGGCGGAUCAUGAAGAAAUUUCUGCCUCCAAAUGCUAAGAUAUCCAAGGAAGCUAAAGAGACCAUGCAAGAAUGUGCGUCUGAGUUCAUAAGCUUUGUCACCGGAGAGGCAUCUGAUAAGUGUCACAAGGAGAAGCGAAAGACCGUCAAUGGCGACGACGUUUGUUCGGCGCUGGCUACGCUUGGAUUCGACGAUUAUGCUGAGCCAUUGAAGAGGUAUUUGCACAAGUAUAGGGAUUUUGACGGGGAGAGAGCAAAUAAAAACAAGGGGAUGAUGUCAUAAAUUAAAGUAUAAAGAGAACUAUAUACAUGCUUUAAUUUUGGGGGAAGAACUAGAAGCCGAAGGGGGGUGUUCUAAUCUUGUUUGUAGAUUGUGUUGGCAUAAAAACCUUGGGGUUUGUCUUCUGAUUGGGUGUUGUUAGUUUAACAAGUUUGUGAAAUUUCACUUCGAGUUUGUGUUUUCACUUCAAUUUAACGAGAUUUGUCGAGAGGAGAUUCAUAUAUAGGAUAAGAUGGCUAUUUCUUUUCUA